UCUGUUGCGCUCGGCCACUCUUUUCAAAGGGAAAAAACUCUGAGAAUUCGCCUUUUUUCGCGAUUAUGAGGAAAACCUGUGAUUUUUAAAAGGACUACGAGAAUAUUUAAGUACUGUUGGCACAAAGUCUCAAACAUCUUUUCGCUUGUGAUGCCCGCUGGGAUGUUUAGUAUCGACAGCAUCUUGGCAGGGAGACCCAGCUGCAAGGACUCGGUUCUGCUCCAUCGGAAUGCUCCGGUUGUGUUCUCCAACUUGACGGAAUCCUUGUACACAGCAGCUGGCGAUUUUAAUGGACUGUAUACACACACCGGACCUCCCGCUCCUAACUUACAGUCGGUGAAUGGAACCAGAUUAGGCUACAACAACUACUACUAUGGACAACUUCAUGUCCAAGGGCCGACUGGACCAGCUUGCUGUGGCGCAAUACCAACUCUCGGCUCGCAACAGUGCCCGUGUAUUCCAACAGGCUACGACAGCACCGGUUCAGUACUUAUUUCUCCAGUCCCACAUCAGAUGAUGUCGUACAUGAACGUGGGCACCUUGUCCAGAACCGAACUACAGCUACUCAACCAGUUACACUGUCGGCGCAAGAGACGGCACCGAACCAUUUUCACCGAUGAACAACUGGAGGCACUGGAGAACCUUUUCCAAGAAACCAAAUACCCUGAUGUUGGCACACGAGAACAAUUGGCACGAAAGGUGCACCUACGCGAAGAGAAAGUAGAGGUUUGGUUCAAAAACAGACGAGCAAAAUGGAGAAGACAGAAAAGGUCGUCGUCAGAGGAAUCAGAAAACUCACAGAAAUGGAACAAAUCCACGAAAACAACCACAGAGAAAGUCGAGGAGGGCAAAAGUGACGUGGAUUCUGACAGCUGAUAUACAGAAUAUGAGACCGGAAAAUCUUGCACAAAUAUGAUUCGGACUUUAUGUACAUAUUGUAAAGUACCAUGUGAGUAGGAGUAAAAUGUGUUGUCACGCUGUUGCACAGAUGUAUAGUAAAUGUUACCUUUAACAAUGAUAUUGUUAUUUAUAUUAAUUUAAAUUUACACAGACAAAAUAACGUGGAUUCUGGCCAUAGUAAUAUUACCUGAUAUAUACUGAAAACGUUUUUUUAAGUCUUGUCGUAAUAAGAUGUACCUAAAUAAGAUGUUUUGGAAUGGGCUGUAACUGAAGACAUGUACGAUGGCAGGAUAAAUUUUGACAUCGAUUAAAUCAACGUUUAAUGCCGCCUGAAAACAAAAGAACAUAAGCAAAUAUUAAAGUAAUAUCUAAAAAUGUUUGAUUUUUUUUCGUCUUUAUUUAAAAUGUUGCAAAUAUUCUUUAAGAGCAUUUCAAUUAGUCGAAUCCACUUAGGAUUUGAUGAUUAUCAGCAAUUUGUAAUUCAGUUUUAGUAUAUACCGUAAUUAAAUGUUCAUAAAAUGUAGAGAUAUCUCAAGUUGUGAACUCGAGGCUGAGCUAAUUCUCUCUUUAUUCUAUAUUAUCACACUGCAACUUACCAAUAAUAGCUAGCACACACUGCUUGGGAACGAGUUUAUUAGAAAAUUUAGCUUCACAUGAAAAUGUCAGAGGAUGUCUCAUUUGUAUCUCUUUUCGUAAGUUCAAAAGUGAGGUCAUUAGAGCGGAUAAACUGCCUGAAUGGACUGUCCUAAUUCCUCAGUUUCGUCACAUCAGGUCAUGCUGAUCUAAUAAUCACAGGAAUGCCACGAAACCCAGCUAUUCUUUUUUAAUUAACCAAACAGAACCACUUUUCCCCUUUUGGAUAUUUAUAUGCACAUAAAUUAUUCACAUGUAAGCUAUGUGUCUAUCCCUAUUUAUAACUGUGCCGAACAAAAAAGUGUUUAGAAGUAAAAUAUCCAUAUCAAACGCGACAUCUCUGAGGAAAAAACAUGUGUCACGACAUCAUUGGCCACAUUAUCUGUUGUUAUUGUCCUUGCUGUUCAACGAUAAAAUAAUUAGCCUAUUAUAAAUUGUGGUGCAUUAAAUUAAUAAAUAAA